AUGCAGUACAAGAAUUUGGGGAAGUCGGGUUUGAAGGUGAGCACGCUCUCGUUCGGGGCGUGGGUUACGUUUGGGAACCAGCUCGAUGUGAAAGAAGCCAAAUCGAUUCUUCAGUGUUGUCGUGAUCAUGGAGUCAAUUUCUUCGACAACGCAGAGGUUUACGCUAACGGUCGUGCUGAGGAGAUUAUGGGUCAGGCGAUUCGUGAGCUUGGUUGGCGUCGAUCUGACAUCGUGGUCUCCACCAAGAUCUUCUGGGGUGGUCCUGGUCCUAACGACAAGGGUUUGUCCAGGAAGCAUAUCGUUGAAGGAACUAAAGCUUCUCUCAAACGACUCGAUAUGGACUACGUCGACGUCCUCUAUUGCCACAGGUGA